AUGGCUACUUACAACAAGAACCGGAACAAAGUGGCCUGCUCAGUGUGUCGAGCAAGGAAGACGAGGUGCAAUGGAGCUAAGCCCGAGUGCUCUUUCUGUCAGGAGAACGGUGGUGUUUGCAGAUAUGAGUCUCCGCAAGGUCCGACUGUGGAGACCAACAUCGAGGCUAUACUCACCAAGCUCUCAGCUAUCGAGGAACGCCUUGGGCUUGGAGCACAGUCGCCGCUGAUUGACGCACCAGAGUCCACACGCGAGAAAGGGCAUCCAGGGUUUGCUGCUCUUACGAUCAAAGAAAACCAAUUUGCGGCAAUCGUCUUUCACACCGACAUCAACUUGUCCACACAUGCUCGCUCUCUCGAGUCACACCACGCCAUGGAGCAUGACACCAGCGGAUCGGUGGCAUUUUUCCGUCACAGCCCUCACGAUCUGGGGCAGUUGUUUUUUCGCCACACAUACAACUGGUACCCAAUUCUGAACAAGAGAGAGAUCUUCGAGAAACUGCCUCUGAUGCAAAACACCGUGUGCACAGGAGGUCCGGGGUCGUUUUUGCUACUCAUGGUUCUAGCUAUUGGCGGCCUGAAUGCGAAUGAUCCUAUAGGAAUAUUUCAGGCCGGAGAAUUCCACAGGCAAGCCUUGUCCAUGCUUGGAUGUGUAUUGGAGGAAGUGUCAUUACUGUCGGUGCAAUGCGUCAUAUUACUCGCCAUUUUUUACGGACUCAAAGUUAUGCCGAUGAAAGCUCAAGAAUACCUUUCGAUAGGCUCUAUCAAAAUGCAAAACCUGAUGGAGAUACAACCGGACAACAAGUCGGUGGAUGAAUCAGGCGACGUUAUUUAUAAUCUUGGAGAAUACGAGACGAGAGCGUUUUGGGCCUUGUUUAUACUGGAAAGUGAGUAUGCCGGAACGCUGUAUUUUGCCAACACGGGACUGUUUUCCUACGCGAACAAUAUGAAGUUUCCCUCUCUGAGAGAAGCGCCGUAUCCCUGGUCAGGAUCUCCAGAAUCAGACUCGUCCGGGAUCGAUGAGCCAGACCCUCAUUUCCUGGCAGAGAUAGGGGUGAGAAAGAUCAUCGACAGGACAUGCUACACGUUCAAUAAAUCAGACCCGUCCACCACAGGCACGACCCCAUUUGCUUCUAUUGUCGCCAAGGAGUUGCAAUCGCAGCUGGAUGAAUGGUAUCUCUGUCUGCCAGAUUCAAUCACGUUUGACAAGUCGACGUGGCCGGUGACCAACACAAGACACAGCACUCGAGCACUCAUCAGAGCGCAAUACUUCGCCACGGUCAUACUCAUGUACUGGCCGUGCACUAUGGAGAUCAUCAUGACCGGGGAGUGCCAAACUCAGGAGCACCGAGACGCAUUCAAAACAGUCAUCGACUCCUACAUCCAACUGGUGCUGUGUGGAACCAGUGUUCGACUCUCAGAGUUGCCUACAGCGUGGCCCCACGCGGUGAGCAUCUUUGCAAUGACGGCGACCAUCAUACGCAUGACCCAAAAAACCACCCUUGCUUACGACAGACCCGAGGAACUGGAGUCUAGUAUCCAACAUGCUUUCACUUUUCUCGAGUCAAUGGUCCAGUCCAGUCCAAGUAUUAGGUAUUUCACCAUGAUCUUACACGAACUACACAACUAUCGGAUGAACUCUGAUUAG